CCCCUUUCCUGCCAAGCAUGGCAGUGCGAAGACCAGCCAAGGCCACCUUUCUUGAAAACACAUGAUCUGCUUUUCAAGGGGAAGAAGAAAGCGCCAGGAAUAGACAAUUGUUCUGAAACACUGGCUGACUUUUGAAUAUUCAUGACUAUUCUGAUGCAAAUGAAGAUUUCAAAUUGAGCUGUUUUUGCAGAGGUGCUGUUGGAAAUAUACACGCUUAUGAAAUUGCUUUUCUAGUUCCGCAGAUCCCCAAGAACGACUUCCUUUGCUUAUUUAUGAUUCUCCUAGAAGGUUUCCCAGGUGUCAGCCUUGGGCUGGAGUUUCAGCUGGUUUCUUUUCACCAAAAACCCGGUUUAGCCUAACCCACAACGAAAGCCUGGCUUUGUUUGAUUGGAGUUGAGCCGGGUCUGAUAGGCCCUCCUUGUUCUGCCAGCGGCCAAAGAGCCUUAUCACACAUCAGAUUGUUUUUCCUUUGAGGUUACCUCAAACCAAAGCUCACUGUUCCCUGAAGAACAAAGAGAGAGUGAGAACGUUGUGCCAGUGCUGGGGAGCGCUCAGAUGGUCAGAGAGUCAGGAGGGCUGCUUGGAUUUUGCUGACUUUGCACCAGAAGGGUCUCACCAUGAUGGGCGCUGAGUGUGGCGUGUGGCUUUGCCAAGUCAAAGGACUUUGAAGAAGACACAGAGACCCCAUGGGCUGAUGGAGACUUAGAGACCUCCAAAGCGCAGAAUCUUCUGAUAAUUCUGCCGCCACGACUUCAACCGUGCGCGAGGCAAGCUCGAAACAAACAUCAUAUCUAAAUUAAAAAAAAAAAAAAAAAGCGGAAGAAGCGGCCGAGGCGGCGGCGGCGGGAGGAGGAGAGGAGGAGGGGCCGCGCGCGGCGGCCCGAGGCGGCGGCGGGGACGCGGGGACGCGGGGACGCGGCUUUGUGCAGGCGGGUCGCGGGGCGCCCAUGGCGGAGUGUGACCGGGGGGGCGCCGCCGGCGGGGCCCUGCCCACCUCCCCGGGCCCGGCCCUUGGCGCCAAGAGCGCCCUGAAAGCCGGAGCCGGGGAAGGCGGCGGCGGCGGCGGCGGCGGCGGCGGGGGAGGUCGCCUCGGCCACGGGCGGGCGCGCUAUGACAGCGGCGGGGUUUCCAACGGAGACUGCAGCCUCGGCGUGUCCGGGGACGAAGCCCUGGCCAGCCCCGCCAGGGGACCCCGCGGCGCCGCGCUCGCCCCGACCCCCGGCCCGGCCCCCUGCCCCCUCCCCCGGGAGAGCAAACCGGGCGGCCUGCCCCGCCGGAGCAGCAUCAUCAAGGAUGGUACAAAACAGAAAAGAGAACGGAAAAAGACAGUGUCAUUCAGUAGCAUGCCUACAGAGAAGAAGAUCAGCAGUGCAAGUGAUUGCAUCAAUUCAAUGGUUGAGGGCUCAGAACUCAAAAAGGUUCGCUCCAACUCCAGGAUUUACCAUAGGUAUUUUUUACUGGAUGCCGACAUGCAGAGCCUGAGGUGGGAACCAUCUAAGAAGGAUUCUGAGAAAGCCAAGAUUGAUAUUAAAUCCAUCAAGGAAGUGAGAACAGGAAAAAAUACAGACAUAUUCCGCAGCAAUGGCAUUUCUGACCAGAUAUCUGAAGAUUGUGCAUUUUCAGUCAUAUAUGGAGAGAAUUAUGAGUCACUCGAUUUGGUUGCCAACUCUGCAGACGUUGCGAACAUCUGGGUUACGGGACUGCGGUACCUAAUUUCUUAUGGAAAACAUACACUUGAUAUGUUAGAAAGUAGCCAAGACAACAUGAGGACUUCUUGGGUUUCACAAAUGUUUAGUGAAAUUGAUGUAGAUAACCUUGGACAUAUAACUCUGUGUAAUGCUGUGCAGUGUAUCAUAAACCUCAAUCCUGGUUUAAAAACUAGCAAAAUUGAGCUUAAGUUCAAAGAAUUGCACAAAUCCAAGGACAAAGCUGGUACGGACGUCAGAAGGGAAGAAUUUGUCGAGGUUUUCCAUGAGCUUUGUACCAGACCUGAAAUUUAUUUCCUUUUAGUUCAGUUUUCAAGCAAUAAAGAAUUCCUUGAUACCAAGGACCUCAUGAUGUUUCUUGAGGCAGAACAGGGUGUGGCACAUAUAAAUGAGGAAAUAAGCCUUGCAAUUAUUCACAAAUAUGAGCCAUCCAAAGAGGGUCAGGAAAAGGGCUGGCUCUCCAUAGACGGGUUCACUAAUUACCUUAUGUCACCUGACUGUUAUAUAUUUGAUCCAGAACAUAAGAAGGUCUGUCAGGAUAUGAAGCAACCCUUGUCUCAUUACUUUAUAAACUCAUCUCAUAAUACGUACUUGAUAGAGGAUCAGUUCCGAGGUCCCUCUGAUAUCACAGGAUACAUUCGAGCUCUUAAAAUGGGUUGCCGGAGUGUUGAAUUAGAUGUAUGGGAUGGGCCAGAUAAUGAACCUGUAAUUUACACGGGCCACACCAUGACCUCUCAGAUAGUCUUCCGCAGUGUCAUUGAUAUUAUUAACAAGUAUGCAUUCUUUGCUUCAGAGUAUCCUCUUAUCUUGUGUUUAGAAAAUCACUGUUCUAUUAAACAACAAAAGGUAAUGGUUCAACACAUGAAGAAGAUUUUAGGAGACAAGCUCUACACAACAUCACCCAACGUGGAGGAAUCUUAUCUACCAUCCCCGGAUGUCCUGAAAGGGAAGAUACUAAUUAAAGCAAAGAAGCUGUCCUCAAAUUGCUCUGGAGUAGAAGGAGAUGUUACUGAUGAAGACGAAGGAGCAGAAAUGUCUCAGAGGGUGGGAAAAGAGAACGUGGAGCAGCCCAACAAUGUGGCUGUGAAGCGGUUUCAGCUCUGUAAAGAACUGUCUGAGCUGGUAAGCAUCUGCAAGUCGGUUCAGUUCAAAGAAUUUCAGGUGUCAUUCCAGGUUCAGAAGUACUGGGAAGUCUGUUCCUUUAACGAAGUGCUUGCCAGCAAAUACGCCAAUGAAAAUCCAGGGGACUUUGUGAAUUACAACAAACGUUUUCUUGCUCGGGUGUUUCCCAGUCCAAUGAGAAUUGACUCUAGUAACAUGAACCCUCAAGACUUUUGGAAAUGUGGUUGUCAGAUCGUUGCCAUGAACUUUCAGACCCCAGGACUGAUGAUGGACCUGAAUAUUGGCUGGUUUAGGCAGAAUGGAAACUGUGGCUAUGUCCUUCGGCCAGCCAUCAUGAGGGAGGAAGUUUCUUUCUUCAGCGCCAAUACGAAGGACUCUGUGCCAGGAGUCUCACCUCAGCUUCUCCACAUUAAAAUUAUCAGCGGGCAGAACUUUCCCAAACCCAAAGGAUCAGGUGCAAAAGGUGACGUGGUGGAUCCUUAUGUCUAUGUUGAAAUUCACGGAAUCCCUGCCGACUGUGCAGAACAAAGGACAAAAACAGUGCACCAGAAUGGAGACGCUCCCAUUUUUGAUGAAAGCUUUGAAUUUCAAAUCAACCUCCCUGAACUGGCCAUGGUGCGCUUCGUAGUACUCGACGAUGACUACAUUGGGGAUGAGUUUAUCGGUCAGUACACAAUUCCCUUUGAAUGUUUACAGACGGGCUACCGCCACGUCCCCCUCCAGUCAUUGACGGGAGAGGUGCUAGCGCAUGCUUCGCUCUUCGUCCAUGUGGCUAUCACUAACCGAAGAGGAGGAGGGAAACCUCAUAAAAGGGGCCUUUCUGUGAGAAAAGGGAAGAAAUCCAGGGAGUAUGCAUCUUUGAGAACACUGUGGAUUAAAACUGUAGAUGAGGUGUUCAAGAAUGCCCAGCCCCCUAUACGGGAUGCCACAGAUCUGAGAGAGAACAUGCAGAACGCGGUGGUGUCGUUCAAGGAGCUGUGUGGCCUCUCCUCUGUGGCCAAUCUCAUGCAGUGCAUGUUGGCGGUGUCUCCCCGCUUUCUGGGGCCUGACAACACACCCCUGGUGGUCUUGAAUCUCAGCGAGCAGUAUCCCACCAUGGAGCUGCAGGGCAUCGUGCCUGAGGUUCUGAAGAAGAUUGUGACAACUUACGACAUGAUGAUCCAGUCCCUCAAGGCGUUGAUUGAAAAUGCAGAUGCUGUGUACGAAAAGAUUGUACAUUGUCAGAAGGCAGCCAUGGAAUUCCAUGAACACUUGCACAGCAUAGGCACCAAGGAAGGUUUGAAGGAACGAAAACUGCAAAAAGCGGUGGAGAGCUUCACUUGGAAUAUCACCAUCUUAAAGGGACAAGCGGAUCUUCUGAAAUACGCUAAGAACGAGACUUUGGAGAACUUGAAACAAAUCCAUUAUGCUGCUGUUUCGUGCGGGCUGAAUAAACCAGGCACAGAAAAUGCUGACGGUCAGAAGCCGCGCCGGAGCCUGGAAGUCAUCCCUGAAAAAGCAAACGACGAAACUGGAGAAUGAGGGAACUUUCUAGAAAUCAUUAUGGAGUUUAUAACUCUAGGACCAACUGUAGUCAAAUGGGACAUUUGCUUUGCACUCACUAAUGAAAAUAAUAUUUGGGAUUUUAAAGCACAACUGGAAUAGCUAAUUACAGCCUAUUAAAACUGUGAAUGUAUGUAGCAAUCCUGCGUGUGAAGGCAAAUAAACUCUUUAACAAGAAAUUAUAUUCCUGGCCAAAAUAUGCUAUAUUUGUAUACAAAGACAUCAUAACUCAGUUCCAGCGUGAACAACAGACUGUUCACUCUAGUUCCAGUGAGAAACAAACGUUUUCCUGACUGAAAACUAUUUCUUAAGAUGGAAAUGGAUUGUAUUGUCAAAUUAGUAUUUAUUGGAGAAAAACCUAAUCUACACAUUUUACUUAAUGUGUGAUUGCCAGAGCCUCUGGGUGAUAGAUGAUUUUGGUGGCAUGCCUGCUGAGCCAUAAUUACUAAGGAGAAUGUAAGUGGACAGACUCCCUGAAUCCCCAGGGACCCUGGAGAGCCAUCGCGUACAAGGAGGACGUGCAAUUGGACUGAGGCGCCUGGCUGAAGACACACGCUGGGUAUAUGCACGAUGUAAAAGCAGCCAGUCUGGAAGCAACACAAUGUAAAUAGUUUUUCAUUGUAUGAAGUAGUGUUCACAUUAAAAAGAUGUUUUAUGAUAUUUCUCCAAUAGCAGUACAUGCAUUUAAUGAAAGUUCAACUUCUAAAAUUUCUGCUUCGAGAUAUUUUACCCUUAAGAGUAGCCAAUUGUUGAACAAAGUUUGUCAAAAAUAAGUUGCUUGUCUGGCUUGACAAUUUUGCUUUUAGUGAGGUGUCCACAACCUUACAUAAUGGCAGCUGAUUGUAAAGCGAACUGAGACACCUCUUUCCACAUCUCAGCUCACAGUGUGGUGAAGUGUGCCUUGAAAUAAGACAAAUGGUAAGUCAAAGGCAGUUGGAGGGGCCGGAGCAGAUGAUGUAGCUUUCCUAUGGCCAGCUGCAUUUCCAAGCUUUUAUUUUCCAAAUCAGCAUAACCUUGUGCUAUUUUUGAAAAGGUACCAGACACUGCAGCCUAAUUACUGCUUCUCCCAAACCAAAAUUGCUUUCAAAUCUUGGAAGAGUAAAAGCUGCCUAAAUCUUCAACAA